AUGUAAAUGAGGAGAUAACAAAGUGAUACAGUAGAGAGUAUGCAAACACCAAUAGCUGCAACUUUUAUUGAGUGCGAAAUAUGUUUUAGUGAUUUUCAAAGCAAAUUAUAGCCAGGAUGCAUUGAAGGCGACUAUGAGUGUACUAGUUAAAUGUGCUAAUAGUGUUUAUCUUAAUGGAUUAUAAAGCAAAUCCAUGACCUCAACUUUAACAUAGAGAGCAAUAUCUUUAAGUGUCCUAAUUAAACAUGCAAAAAGCAAAUUCAUGUUCUUGACAAGUUUUUAGAAAGCCAAAUGGAUGUAAAUGAGAAACUCCAAAUUGAAAAGGAAAUGACACAGAAAUACUUAUAGAUUAGCAGAGAUACUGUAAGCUGCCCAAAGUGUAACACAUAUUUCAUUGGGACAGAUGCUUUCUGUAAAGGAGAAUACAAGUGUUUGGAAUGUCAAUUCUAAUGGAUCGAUAAAUCAAAAAUAGAAGUUAGCCUUUUCACUUAGAGAUUCUAUCAAGAAGUGUUUACAUACAUUUUUUAAAUAAUGUUUACUCAAUACUGCCCUAAGUGUGGAAUUAGCAUACAAAAAAAUGGAGGAUGUCUACAUAUGACCUGCAAGAAAUGCGAUUUUGAGUUUUGUUGGUUAUGUAAAUAAAAUUAUAACACUCAUGAAGAUUUAAGAUGCGUCGCUUACAUUUUUACGAUGAAGAGUCUAACUAUAUACGUUUUUUUCAAUAUACUUGUUAUAUUUAACUCAGAAAUGAUCUUCUACUCAUCUAUAUUUUGGAUAAUAUCUGCCUUCUUUAAGUUUAUUUAUUACAACCUCUUCAUUUUAAUUGCUUGGUUUAUUCUAAGUACAUUUUACAGUUAUAUCAAAAUGCUUUAACCUUCAUUGAAAAUAGGAAUUUACUAAAAAAACGAAAAGAAAAGAAAAUGCUUAGCUUUGUGUUUUAUAAUGAUAAUUUCAAUGGUUGUUUUCCUUGGACUGACAUAUUUCCUCGAGCAUUCUCUCACUAAUGUUUUGACAUUCUGCUUCUAUGAGUGUAUAGCACUCGCAGCUGCAUAUUUGCUUUAUAAAUCGAGAUAAUUUUUCCAUUAAACAUGGUUGAAAUAUGUCUAUUGA